AUGAGUGAGGAAAAAAUUGCUGUCGACCCCGAUCUUCAUUCUGUUGAGCAUGGGGUUUUCCCCAGUGACUUUGAGUCGGAAACAACGUCUCUCGCGUCCUCUAUCUACCGCGGGGUGUUAGAAAACGGACGAAGGGCGCCGGCGGAUGAACAACAAUUCGAAAGUCUGGAGAUAGGGGAUGUCGCCGACAUGUACCCUGAAGCGUUGGUCCGAGGAGUCGAUUUGUACCCUCCUCCUAUUCAAUGGCUUCCGCCCAAUUGUGUCAUGGAAGUUGAUGAUGUCCUGAAAGUGUGGACCUGGCGCCAGCCUUUCGACUUGGUCCAUCUUCGCCAGAUGAUCGCCGCUUUCACUCGGGAAGAAUGGGCUUCUGUUUAUCAGCAAUGUUUCGAGAAUAUAGAGCCUGGGGGGUGGAUUGAGCAUUGGGAUGGUGACCCUAGAGUCCGCUGUGACGAUGGUAGUCUACCCAGAGAUAGCAGUAUCGUUUCAUUCGGGCAAGCAGCAUGGGCUGCAGCAGAGAAAUGGGGGCAUUCCCUUGACACUUGUUAUACGAUGCGUACUGCCAUGGAAAAUGCUGGUUUUGUUGACAUUCAUGAAAAGGUUGACAAAUUACCAAUUGGACCUUGGCCCAAGGAUCGCAUGUUGAAGGAAGCCGGAAGACUUCACUUUCACCAAUGGACCACUGGCCUGGAAGGGUGGGCAAUGUAUCUUCUCACAAAACACGGAUGUCCUCAUCCAUGGAGUAAAGAGGAGGUACAUGUUCUUGUCGCCAAAGUUCGCGCUGAGAUACAAAAUCCAAUGAUACAUGUCUAUCAAUACGUGAAGCGGGGUGACCAGGACAUUAUAAUGGGCUUUAUCUACAUGCUUACCCACGAGAGUCUCAUUAACGCAGCCCAGAUCAGGCUCAAGGGCCCAGACCAGUGGUGGAUUGUUGAUGUCUAUGUUUUGGACACGGACUCAGGCGACGCCGCAGGGAUAAUCCAACAGAGAUUUGUUCGUUCAUUGAAGGAACGGAUCCCUAAUGAUCUCAGUCCCCCAGAUGGAUUGGCUUAUGAGCGAAUCAACUACUACGAGGGGCAUCUCGAUGGUCACAUUAAUCGCUCCGCAGCUGACGACUGGUGGGCUGCCCUCAAUACAAAGACACGAAGUUCGAAAGAGAAAGGUCUGCGGAACUUCUUCAGGAAUGCAAAGCUGCACAAUAGUUUGAACGCCUUGCUUGCGAUUAGAGGACUGUGGGAGGCCAUGCGUAUUGGGGUUCUCCAUAAAAUCACUGCAAUGCAUUGUGAUGAGGCCAUAUGUUGCUACUGGGAGCAUAUCCUGCAAACAUUCCUGAGAAUAGUUGGGGGGCGACAACAGCUACUUCCAUAUAUUGAUGGCGUGACGGUUGAGCUUCUUGAAUCUCGUGCCCCGAAAGUAUCGAUGAGAGAUCGACAGUUUCUCCAAAAACGAAUGGAUGACGGGCAGCUCUUUGCAAAUCUGGAUAAUCAAGUUCGUGAUGAGGUCUGGCAAAACAUCCUCAGGAUCGAUUACCCAAUCCCUACGUUAAAAACAUUUUUCAAAGAUCGUCUUUACCUUGAGGUAGCUCAGAACGUCAUGAAACAAGCCUUAUUGCCGGUCCCGAAUGACACAGCCGCCACUAUUGAUGCUGGUCUCUGUGCUACAUGGGAUAGUGCGCGGUCGGGGACGAUUCCAGUGCGACAGGAACGGCUCAAAGAGGGUCUCCUGGAGCUCUGGCGGUUCAGCUUUCAAUACGGGUUUGAAAUGACUGGUCACACCCGCUUAAAAUCCGAUAAGCAGGUACCACAAGAUGGAAUAGAGGCAGCGGAACUUUGGCGGCAUUUUUUCGCUCUGUUGAGAAUUCGGGGGUUUAAAGCCCCCGAUGGAGACUCCGCUGCGGCACCUACCAUGUUACUUCCCACCCCACCACCAUGCGAAUUUCCCGAGAACCCGGAGCAUGAGAUUGAAGCCCCCAAGCGAUGUGGAAAACCUUAUUCCAAUUCCGCUAGAGCAGAUCGAUUCGCCCUCACAGCCAGCUCGAUGCGCCAGCGAUCAGUGCCUGACCGCGUGACUGCCGGAUUUCUGCGCCAGUCCGUCUUCAAUGCCUUCUUCAGCUAUCUUCAGACUACUGCCACCGGGACUAGUUCAACAACUUGUGAGGUUCCAUUGCAACAAGCGCAGGUGGAGGUGGAAUCCAACCAGCCUCCUCUCGGAAGCGAGACAGUCAGUCCAGUGAAUGGGUACGACCAACCGAGUGAAUCCACAUCCAACGAGCCGAGCUCAUGGAACACGACUCCUGGCAGGGGGCUGAUCAGUGAUUCUGCAUAUACACUGUCGAGUUCAGCCAGUCAGUCCCAAUCAAGCCCGGUGAUCAUGAAUUUCAACCUCGCGGGGCUAUCAAGGGAUCAGCAACAGUUACAGAUGCCGUACGAUUUUGAGUGGAUUCACCAAUUUAGCACUGAGCUAGAUGCAAAUUCUUUUGGAGUGGAAAUAAUGGACACUGGGCGCUCUAUCCCACCACAAGAUAUUUUUGACUACUACUCAACUCACGCUAGCUCGCAGCUAGUUGCUAGUCUCAACAAUGAGGAUAGUCUCGGGCCAUCAAUCAAUAACAAGAGAAAAAGAGAGCAUUCAGACGACGCAGGUAACAAUGUGAAUACGAGAGCAAAACGGUUUAUUGAAGAACAGGCUCUUCGAGCCCGCGACCGCAUAACAAUGGACUCGGUAUCAAGACAUACAAGCCUUUCAUCCCUUUAA